AUGGGAGACAUUUGUGAUAAUGUAAAUGUUGCCUCAACAAAAUUAGAGCAUUUUGCCCACUUAGAGGAGAAAGGUUUAAUUAGCUCCACAGGUUCUCAUGGCGAGAGUUGUGUGUUCAGUUCUGAUCAUUGCUCUGAAAAUAUCUGUGACUCGGACCCAAAGGGCCUUUCGGCUGGAAACAAUGUAUCUACAAGUACAGGUGAAACAAAACAUUCUCCUUUAAAAGUUGGAAAGAAGCCUCUUAUUGCAAGUGUUUACAGAUCAGAUGUAGUCCAAAGUAGAUCAGAAGAGGGUGUGUUUGGAAUGGUAACUAGAGUUGCAGGUGAUUCAGACUCCUCAGAUUAUGAUAAUGAAGAAGAAGAUGAUGUUGAAUCUAUUUCAGGGGAUCAUGCUCGAGUAGUUUGGUCAAAUCUUGUUGAGACAACUGAGAAACUUGAAGAUCUUAUUGUAGUUGAUAGGAGCUUUAUGCAUGGUGACAUUGUUGCAUCUAUUUCAGAUCCAAAAGGACAGACAGGUACAGUAGUCAGCAUUGACCUUUUUGUUGACUUGAAGAUGCCGUCUGGAGAAAUUAAAAUAGAUGUCCCUAGCAGGAAGCUGAAACGGAUAAAAGCCUUCACAGAAGAAGAUUAUGUACUUCGUGAUUCUUGGCUGGGCCGGGUUGAUGAGGUUGUAGAUAAUGUCACAGUUUUGUUUGAUGAUGGUUCAAAGUGUAAAGUAAUGAGGGCAGACCCUGAGUGCCUUAUGUCAGUUUCUAAGAAUGUUUUUGAAGAUACAAUCUUUCCUUAUUAUCCAGGUCAGCGUGUACGGGGUACUUCUUCAGUUGUUUUCAAAAGUGCUAGAUGGCUCCGAGGUACAUGGAAGGCAUCUCGUAUGGAGGGUACAGUCAGUAAUGUUGAGGCGGGUUCAGUAUAUGUUUACUGGAUUGCUCCACCGAGUCCUGCAUCUACUAUUAGUUCAACAAAUGUCCCUGCAAAUAUGCAAGACCCUAAACAUUUAAAGCUUUUGUCUUGUUUUUCAUAUGCUAAUUGGCAACUAGCUGAUUGGUGUUUCCUCCCAACAUCUGGAAGGAAAUUAGGCAUAACUUUCCCUGUCAAGCAAGAUGCCUUACCAGAUAAAGACACAGAACUAACAACAGACUGUGACACGUUGCCUUCUUUUGAUUCAUCUUCCCCUACUACUUCAGGAUCAGUACAGAAUGGCACGAUACCUGCACAGGAUUGUUGUAAGCGCAGAGUGAAACGUGAUAAAAAACUUCCUAAGAAAGAUGAUGUUUUUGAAUCAGCAUUGCUUAUUGUGAACACAAAGACAAAGGUUGAUGUACUUUGGCAAGAUGGCACAAAGUCAUUUGGAGUUGAUUCAAAGGUCUUGUUUGCUGUUUAUAAUCUUGGUGAGCAUGAUUUCCGGCCUGAGCAGUAUGUGCUAGAGAAGGGUUCCGAUGAGGAUGGAGAAGAUUCUCAAACUAGGCGCGUAGGAGUUGUAAAAACUAUGGAUUCAAAAGAACGUACUGCCCUAGUGAGAUGGCAGAAAACUGUGUCUCGACCACAAGAUCCUCGAGAGUUUGACAAUGAAGAGAUAGUGAGUGUUUAUGACCUAGUUGGGCAUCCAGAUUACAACUAUUUUAUUGGGGACAUUGUGAUACGGCUUCCCCCUGUAGAAGAGGUAUCACAGGCCUCUGAUGCUGUUAAAAUGUCAGUUGAUGAAAAAGAAUGUGAAAUUGAGGCAAAUAUUGAUAAAGAUUGUGAGAUUGAAUUAAAAUGUGGGGAGUGUGUUAAAUCAGAUCCAUCCUCAGAGGAAAGAAGUUUGAAAAAGCGACAAAAGACUGAUCUUGGUUUUGAUUUUGAGGAUCACAUUGGUGAUGAUAAAGAAAUUGACUUUCAGACAAAAUGUGUAAGUGAUACCAAAAGUAUGGAUGCUUCUUUGCAGCAAGGGGCUUCAAGAAGGUGUCGCAAGGCUAAAGUUGAUGCAAAGGUUGAAGAUAUGGAUUUCUCAUGGAUUGGGAAUAUUAUAGGUGUUAGAGAUGGGGAAAUUGAAGUGAUGUGGGCAGAUGGAACAGUUACAAAGGUUGGACCACAAUCAAUUUUUGUAGUUGGCAGGGAUGAUGAUAUGGAGUCAACUCAAAGUAGUUUUGAUGAGAAUGAUAAUGAUGAUGCUGCAAGCUGGGAAACUGUUGAUGAUAAUAUGAUGGCUACAUUUGAUGCCGAUGAGCAGCAGUUGGAGCAAAGCGUAGAACCUGCAAUGGACCAGGCUACAGAUGCUGCACAUGCUUCAAAUGAAAACUUGCACAAAAUUAGUGAUACCAACACAUCAGUAUUGCGAGCUUUUGGAUUUGUUGCCAGGCUUGCCACUGGUUUUCUUGGAUUCCGAGGUUCUAAGAAUUCAUCAGACACAUUGGAUCCAAGUUCUCAAGAGCAAGCUAUGCAGAAACAUGGAAUUGCAAAGAACACUGACAGGACAGAGGCUAGUGGCAUUGAAGGAGACCAACUUACAAGAGAUUUGAAUUGUCAUCUGGAACCUGGUGGUGAUUCCAUACACAUUAAAGAUGGUUUGACUUCUUUGCCAGCAACUGCAGACUUAGGUGAUAAAAUGGACUCAGAGUGUGGUGACCACAACAAUGUGGAAGGCACACAAGAUGGCCAAGAUCAAACGAAAGUCUCUACUGAAGAUGAUUUGACAAGGAGCAUACCUAUUGAUAUUAAACAAAAUUUACAAGAAAUGAACAGCUUACCUAUUUCUAUUAAUGAUGGCCAGAACUUGUUUAAACACUUUGACAGUGUUCAGGACCCUGCAGACCACUACUUUUUCAAUGAAACUGCCCAGAAUUGCAAUGAUAGAAAGUGGUCGAAGAAAGUUCAGCAAGAGUGGAGUCUUCUUGAAAAAAAUUUACCUGAGAGCAUUUAUGUUCGAGUCUAUGAGGAUCGAAUAGAUUUACUCAGGGCUGUGAUUAUUGGAGCUAGUGGAACUCCUUAUCAAGAUGGUCUUUUUUUCUUUGAUAUUUAUCUUCCGUCUAAAUACCCUCAAGCACCACCAGCAGUGUACUACCAUUCUCGUGGGUUGAGAUUGAAUCCCAAUUUAUAUGAAACUGGAAAAGUAUGCUUAAGUCUUCUAAACACAUGGAUUGGCAGAGGAAAUGAAAUCUGGGAUCCGACAUCUUCAAGCAUUCUUCAAGUCCUUGUUUCACUUCAGGGUCUUGUAUUGAAUGCAAGACCGUACUUCAAUGAGGCAGGAUAUGAUAAGCAAGUUGGCACAGCUGAAGGAGAAAAAAAUUCUCUUGCUUACAAUGAGAAUUCAUUUUUAUUGACGUGCAAGCUAAUGUUGUAUCUUCUCCACAGACCUCCACAGCAUUUUGAAAACUUUAUUAAAGAUCACUUUCGUAGACGUGGUCAUUCCAUUCUUUGUGCAUGUGGUGCCUUUAUGAACGGAGCUGAGGUUGGAUCUCUCUCAGAAGUACCGUUGAAGUCUGGCCAAGUUUCUCAGAACAACAGUUCAGUUGGUUUCAGAUUUAUGUUAGACAAGAUUAUUCCUAAAUUAAAAUCAGCAUUUGAUGAACUGGCUCUUGAUUGUAAUAAUUACUUCUCUAACCAU